CGUCAUGAUAGAGGCCUGCUUAUAGAAUAGUUGGCUUACUCUCAGAGUAUCGCAUUGGUUAACUAGGUAGACAAUGCUUUGGAGUGAUUGAUCAAUAAAAUAACACGGUUCAAGAUGACUUCGAUGCGUCACCUCCAUCUUAAUCCAUUAAAGAGGCAACCCUUACUCAAAGAUCAAACGGCCCCUAAUGAAGACACCACGAAAUUACCGGUGAAAAAGGUUCACACCAACCCUCAAGGGUCUAAUAAUAAUGAAGAUGCAAGUAUAUACUUUGUAGGUACAGCAACAACAAUCAUCGAGUGGCAAGGACUUCGAAUCCUUACCGACCCCAACUUCUUGCAUGCUGGCGACCACGUGCAUUUGGGUCCAGGAGUAACUGCUCAGCGGAAGACAGACCCGGCGGUAGAUCUACAUGAGCUGCCAGCCAUUGACUGUAUCCUGCUGUCUCAUUACCACGAGGAUCACUUUGACCAGCUCGUUGAAAAAUCGCUGAACAGGGCGUUCAAUAUCAUCACGACUCCACAUGCUAAGGAAUGCCUCUCGGGCGAGACCAAAGAAGACCCGUUCCAGUCUGUGCACGAUCUAGAUUUCUUCGAGAGCAUGAUACUCCACAUUGACCGCAAAGACCCGUCUCAUGCGGGUGGGUACGGCAAGGUGCCAGUCAUCAAGGUAACGGGAAUGCCGGGGAAACACGUGCCUCCGGGGCCGCUCGCUAUGGUCAACGACCUCCUCCAAGCCGUGCCGCCAACGAACGGGUGGCUUAUUGAGCUUGGUUAUAGCUUUACGAACCCGACUGGAGGUGAUUCAGGCUCCAUCGACACGGGUUACCGCAUCUAUAUCUCGGGAGACACGUUAUUUGUAGACGAGCUGAAAGAAAUCCCGAAGCGGCUUAAGAACGCGAAGAUUGACCUCAUGCUGGUGCACCUAGGCGGGACGACAAUUCCGAGCCCGUCAAUACCCCUUUUAAUGGUGACGAUGGAUGCCGAGCAAGGAUUGAAGCUGAUGCAGCUCAUGAACCCGGACGUGACCAUCCCAAUCCAUUACGACGACUAUGAUGUCUUCUUGUCGCCUCUAUCGGAUUUUAAGAAGAAAGUUGACGAGGAGGGGUGGAAUAAGCGAGUCGUUUAUCUUGACCGCGGGGAGCAGUACCAAUUCAAAGUCCCGGAAAACUGAAUGAGUGAGAGACUACCUACCUAAAUGAUAAGGAGACUUGAAUAGCAAAAUGAUCUGACUUUGUGCUGUGUGGCACAGCGAAGACGGGAAUCGGGAAUUUCUGCAGGAUCGCGGACCGCGUUUUGGACGAACUAAGUAAAAAUUUAAUUGACCAGUCAUAUAAU